CUGCUCUUUCGUCCGUUUGCUCUUUGAAUUGGAGCCUGACAUGAUGUGAAUCUCUAAACGACGUGUGUGAACGAUGUAUGUAUGUGAAUCUCUUCUGACACGGACGUCAGGCUCCAAUUCAAAGUGACCAGAGGCACUCCCAGGUCCCGGGAAACGCUACGCUUUGUGCUGCCAUUGGUAAAGUGAGAUCUUACUAGGCGUUACCCACCAAAACUUCGGAUUGGUAGUCAGAUGAAUAUUGCCCCGAGUGGUUUCAGAUUUCAUUCCUCAGCCUCAUCACGGAAAUGUGACAACUCAACAAAAUGUAAGGAAAGUUAAUUCCCAGCCGAGCUGGAGAAUUCCCAUCGAAAGGAACCGGCACCAAAAAUGAGACCAACAUCCACCUCUGGGUUCUACCUCAGCAGGAAGACAGUGGUGCUAUGUAGCUUCCUCGUCCUAGUUUUACUGGUGGUUUGCACGGUUUUGGCCAUUUUAUAUGGCAAGCUGGUUGCUGAGAAUACGGGCAUCUUCUCGCCGACCUGGGAGCCUCCCAGCACCGACCCAAGUCGCCAGGGUCCCUGGAACAACUCCCGCUUACCAAACAGUCUUAUCGCCAGGAACUACCAGCUGGAGCUGUGGCCGCGCUCGCUCUCCGGGCUGGAGCGACCCAGCCACUUCUUCGGCCAAGUUAACGUGACGGUGACUUGCAUCAAGGAGACCGAGGUCAUCCUGUUGCACAGCCAUGAGCUCCACUACACUGGGGUGGCCAUCGCCGCCCUGCACCCUCCGGCCAUCCGCUGCACUUGGCUUGCAGUUGAGAACGAUUAUCUGGUGAUUGAACUGGACGAGAAGCUGAUAACAGGGAUGGACUACAUCAUUCAGGCCAACUACAGCGGGAAGCUGGAUGAGUUGUUAACGGGACUUUUCAGCAUCAACUACACGGAGUGGGGUGUCAACAAAACCAUCAUUGCAUCACAGAUGGAACCGGUAUAUGCUCGAUCAGUUUUCCCAUGCUUUGAUGAACCUGCUAUGAAGGCAACCUUUGACAUCAGACUAGUGCACCGUCCCCAGUUUGUGGCACUCUCUAACAUGCCAGCAAUCCAUUUUUCUGAAAGACUGGAAAAGAAUGGUAUGUGGAAAGUUACAACAUUUAACACCUCCGUGAAGAUGCCCACCUAUUUAGUUGCUUUCAUUAUUAGUGACUAUGGUUGCGUUAACACAACUUCUAAUGGCGUAGAGAUUCGCGUUUGGGCAGAUAAAGAAGCCAUAUCAAAAGGUGAAGCUCAAUAUGCAAUAAAUGUAUUGGGGCCAAUUCUCUCAUUCUUUGAGGAAUAUUUUAACGUGAGUUAUCCAUUAUCCAAACUAGAUGUUGUAGCACUACCUGAGUUUGAAUCGGAUGCAAUGGAAAAUUGGGGUCUGAUGACUUUCAGAAAGGAUACGCUGCUUCAUCACCCGAAUGGAUCGAUUGAAGAUAUGUAUCACAUAUCGAAAGUUAUUGCACAUGAGCUGGCACACCAGUGGUUCGGAAACCUGGUUACUAUGUACUGGUGGAAUGAUCUGUGGCUCAAUGAAGGACUUGCAAGCUACUUUGAAUUCAUAGGGGCUUCUGUUGUGUUCCCAUCAGCAGCACGCAACGUAAUAUUAACUGAAGAUUUACCUAACUCGCACCCUGUGGCUGAGAAGGAAGAGUGUGUAAGAACACCAGAGGAAAUCAACCUAAUGUUCAGCGGCGUUACUUACAACAAGGGUGCGAAUGUUAUCGCCAUAGCUUCCCAUAUUAUGACAAAGGAGCUACUUGCAAAAGGACUCCGGUCAUACCUCAAGACAUUUUCUUAUUCAAAUACUGUGACCGAUGAUAUGUGGAAUCAUUUGCAGAUGGCCAUUGAUAGUCAAGAUGCAAUUAAACUACCAGCAUCAGUAAAAUCCAUCCUGGACACAUGGGCAAAGCAGGAAGGAUUUCCAUUAAUAACAGUUAACACAACAAGUGGCAUCAUAACACAGGAAGAUAUAGUUUACAAGGAAAUGGAAAUCAUCGUGUCAAAUAACUCAUGGUUUAUUCCAGUUUACUGGACGAAGAAUGGGUCUAAACAACCAGUUAUUUGGCUUGAGGAAAAAUAUAAAACAAUUCCUGAAGUGAAAUGUACUACUGAUGAAGAAUGGGUCCUGCUAAAUAUCAAUAUAUCUGCCUUCUAUAGAGUUAACUAUGAUGAUUCCAAUUGGCAUCGGCUCAGUCUACAAUUAAAUAAUGACUCAUCUGUAAUUCCAGUUAUUAACAGAGCACAGAUGAUCAGUGAUGCAUUUCAUCUUGCACAGGUUGGACAUGUUGACAUUGAAACUGCAUUGGAGAUGACUGUGUAUCUUGCAAAGGAAAAGGAAAAACUAGUAUGGCACAGCAACAUUGAUCAUUUAAAACAUAUUGAAUUUAUGUUACAGGCAACCUCAUCAUAUGGGCUUUAUAAGAAAUUCCUCUUCGACCGAGUUGUUCCAUUUUAUCAUUAUCAGAUGAAAUUAAUCAAUCAUGAUUUCAAUAAUAUUAAUAAUUCUGACAUUAAUAUAUCAUUGUUUGUUUCAAUUAUUGAAAUAGUGUGCCGACUUAACCUAAAGGAUUAUCUGGAUCGAGCAACAAGCCUCUUUUCGCAGUUUAUGAGUAAUCCAGCUGUUAAUACGUAAGUAAAUGAAUAAUACUAAAGUCCAUGGCCUUUAUUAUUAGUAUCAGAGCAAAAGAAGGAAUACCAUCAGUCACUGAGCCUUAUCACAUUUCUGGCCAAUCUUAAUUUCCCUCCCUUCCGAAGCUGUAUCUCAUGCAAUUCACCUCUGGGCAAAAAUAAAAUACAAUGAGAGCGAGUCAGAGAAUUAUACACCAUUGAGAAAGGCCCUUCUUUCACUUGCCCAUGCUGACCAAGCUGGCACAUUAUGUUCGGCCCAUUUAUCUGCAUUUGGCCCAGAGCCCUCUAAACCCUUCCUAUCUGUAUAUCUACCAAAUGUCUUUUAAAAGUCAGUUUUGUAAUCACAUCUAUUAGCUGCCUCUUGUUCUAGAUAUGAACUACUCUCAACUUGAAAAUAUUGAGUGAGAUUCCUCUUAAAUCUCUCUGAUCUCAGUGUAACCCUGCGCCUUUUAAUUUUUGAAUCCUUACCUUGGGGGAAAAAGAUAGAUAACGUUCAUUUUAUCUACGCCUCUCAUGAUCUUGUACUCCUCAAUAGAUCACUUAUCAGCCUCCUAUGCUCCAAGGAAAAACGCUGCAGCCUUUUCAACAUCUCCCUCCAGCCCAAGCCCAUGUAACAUUCUAAUGAAUCUUUUUUCACACUAUCCAACUUCACCCAUCCUAUAGCUGGGCUACCAGAACUGCACAUAGUACUCCAGGUGUGGCCUCAGCUACAGUUGCAUCAUGAUCUCCCAACAUUUGUACUCAAUACCAUUCCAAUUGAAGGCAAGCAUGGCAAGGCAAGAGACAGAUUUCUUAUUUUAAUUUUCUUGUAAGAUAUCGCAUGGAAACAGGCCCUUUGGCCCAUUGAGUUCAUACUGACAAUUGAUCACCCUUUCACAUCAGUUUUACUGUAUGUUUUUCUUAUCUUAUGUAAUCAUGGGGUUAGAAAGGAAAACGUUAGCAGAACGUCCCAGGGUUUGUGUUGACAAGCCCGAAAUAUACUUGAGUGGAUGUAGAAUCGCUGCUACUGAUAAAGCUGACCACUUUCUGUUCACAAGAGGUCAGAUUUACAACAAUAUAAGCACCAAAGCUGAAGUACAUAUUACCAUAAUUUUUGGGUUCUUUUGAUUCUACAGACUGAUGGGUCAUCCAUUGUGGCGCCGCAAGAGCAAUCUCAACUAAUUCAUUUCCAAUCUUAGUCAUUAAGAUUAAUACUACAUGUGCAAUGUCAUUCUGCAGCAGAAGAUUUUCUUUUAAGACUCUGCCUCUAUACAUUGCUGAGGCAGAGCAGUGAAAGUAAUCUGUAUUCAAUCUUGACAUGGAAACCCUCACAUCCUCAUUUCUUUUGAAAGUGAUUGUCAGUUAGAAGACUUUCAUCACAUACGUAAAUAUUUGUCUGUCCAUCAUUCACCACAUGUAAGUCAAGGUUUAAGGUAUGCCAAAUAAAAUCAAAGAGAAGUUAUAAAGAUAAGUGCUGGAAUUACGAAAGCAUCUGCAUCAUAUUGAAUCCAAUGUAUUCUGCAAUACUUAAAUGUGCUGCAUGAGGAAAUUGUAUGAACUUAAGAGGUGAAUGGUAACUUUCAGUGCUGCAUUCUUGAUGAAGCAUCACCUGCCAGGAGUGCAUGUCAAAAGUUCAAGCAUAGUCAUCAGAAAAAUAGCCCGCAAUGUCAAUUUGAUUGAUAAAAGUGUCUAGGAUGAGUAAAUUGGAGAAGAAUGUGAAA